AUGGCAGUCUCAACAACCCUCCUCGCCAUCCUGCUACUGCCCAUCCUCCUCACCACCACGACACAUGCAGCCGACACGCCGUUCCUGGGCUUCCCUUCCCCCUGGACUUCCCCCAGCAACAAUUCUGACUCGUCCUGGGCAGCCGCCUACGCGCAGGCAGUGGCGUUCGUCGCCAACCUCACGCUCACGGAAAAGGUCAACCUCACGACGGGCACGGGGUGGCAGGCGGAUCGAUGCGUCGGCAACACGGGCGGCGUGCCCCGGCUCGGGUUCCGGGGGAUGUGUCUUAUGGAUGGACCGGUUGGGGUCAGGUAUACCGAUCACAACUCGGUCUUCCCCGCGGGCAUCAACGUCGGCGCCACCUUCAGUCGGCGGCUGAUGCGGCUGCGCGGGGAGGCACUGGGUGCGGAAUUCAGGGGUAAAGGGGUGGAUGUGAUGCUGGGUCCGGUGGCGGGGCCGCUGGGGAGGGUGCCGCAGGGCGGGAGGAACUGGGAGGGAUUUAGCCCCGACCCGUACCUCGCCGGGGUCGCCAUGGCCGAGACCAUCCGCGGCAUCCAGAGCCGCGGAGUGGUGGCGUGCGCCAAGCACUACAUCCUCAACGAGCAGGAGCACUACCGCGGCAGCGUCGACGUGCGCAUCGACGACCGCACCAUGCACGAGCUGUAUCUGUGGCCGUUUGCCGACGCGGUGCGGGCGGGCGUCGGCUCGGUCAUGUGCUCGUACAACCGGAUCAACGGCACGUACGCGUGCGAGAACGAGUGGACGACCAACCACGUGCUCAAGAACGAACUCGGCUUCCCGGGCUUUGUGGUGUCCGACUGGGCCGCCCAACACACCACGCUCGGGUCGGCGCUCGGCGGGCUGGACAUGGCCAUGCCGGGCGACAGCGGACCGCUGCCGUACCGGUCGUGGUGGGGAGGCGCCCUGACCGAGGCAGUCCUCAAGGAAGAGGUGCCGCAGUGGCGGCUGGACGACAUGGCAGUGCGCAUCAUGGCCGCCCACUUCAAGGUGCGCGCCGCCGCCGACAACUACACGUUCCGCCCGGACAUCAACUUCUCCGCGUGGACCAACCAGUCCCUGGGAUACCUGCACCCUUCCUCCAACAACUCCCUCGCCACCGUCAACGAAUUUGUCAACGUGCAGUCCAACCACGCGGCCCUGGUCCGCGAAAUCGGCGCCAAGUCCAUCGUCCUCCUCAAAAACGCCGCCUCCCUCCUCCCGCUCCGCAGCCCCCCGAGCAUCGCCGUGAUCGGUUCCGACGCGCAAGACCCGCCUAGCGGCAACCCCAACGCCUGCCCGGACCGCGGCUGCCCGCAGGGAAUCGGAAUGGGGACCACAGCAAUGGGCUACGGCUCCGGCACCGCCGAGUACCCUUACCUCAUCUCCCCCGCGUCCGCCCUGCGUGCCUAUGCUGUAUCUCACAACAUCUCCUUCACCAACCCCCCCAGUAGUAGUAACUCCAACUGGGACCUGCCCGCCGCUGUGGAUCUCGCGCGCAACGCGUCCGUGGCCAUCGUCUUUGCCUCGGCCCUGGCGGGGGAGGGGUACAUGACCGUCGACGGCAACGCGGGCGACCGGAAUAACCUGAGUCUCUGGGAGAACGGCGGGGCGCUCAUCCGGGCGGUGGCGGGCGUCAACAGGAAUACUGUUGUUGUACUGCACACCCCGGGCCCGGUACUGGUAAAAGAGAUGGAGGGCAAUCCGAACGUGUCGGCGAUCCUCUGGGCCGGGUACCCCGGGCAGGAAUCCGGGAAUGCGCUGGUCGAUGUGCUCUUUGGGGCGGUCAAUCCGCGCGGGAGGAGUCCCUUUACGUGGGCCGAGACGGAGGCCGAUUAUGGCGUGGGCCUGGCCCUGAUGGAUCAUGUGCCGGUUGGGGAGGACCCGAAUAAUGAGAGGCGGCCGACGCCGGUGCAGAGGUUUGAGGAAGGCGUGUUUGUCGAUUAUCGCUGGUUUCAGACGGGGAGAGGCAGAGUGGUGUAUCCGUUUGGCUAUGGCCUGAGCUACUCCAAGUUCCGAUACGCGGAUCUGAGGGUGGUGCGGAGGGAGGAUGUACCGGGAAAGUACCCGCCUGCUGGGGGGAUGACGGGGCCCGCGCCGACAUAUGGCGUCGUGGAAAGGGGUGACUUGACCAAGUAUACUCCGCCCGCAGCGUUUGAGAGGAUUUCGCCGUAUGUGUAUCCGUGGCUGAACAGCAGCGAGGGGUUUGUUGCUGGUGGCGGCGGCGGCGGCGGCGGGAACAGCAGUCAGUUUCCGGCCGCGGCAACAAACGGUUCGGCACAGCCUGUGCUGCUUGCCUCCGGGGCUCCGGGGGGGAAUCUGGGGCUCUACGAGGUGCUCUACACCAUCACGGCCUCCAUCAAGAAUGAGGGCGAGGUUGCGGGGACUGAGAUACCCCAACUGGUAAGUCCUCGCAUCGCACGAAGCCACGCAGAUAAUAUGUCCAGCUGGGGCGGGGAAGACAACCCCUGGGGCGUUCUCCGCGGGUUUGACGAGGUCGAGCUAGAGCCCGAGGAGACAAAGACUGUCACGUUCGAACUCACACGGAGAGACGUCAGCAACUGGAACACGACCACACAGAACUGGGAGAUCACAGACAGGGAGAAGUUUGUGUUUGUGGGCUCCAAUGUGCGGGAUAUCCACCUGAAUGCAUCGCUGCCCGCGCCCGUCGGGAUGAAGUGGAGGAUUGGCUGA